AGCCCAGUCAAAGGAGCAGCACCUACCUCCGGGGGGUGGAAAUGGGCCGGAAUGGGCCGGGAACACCGUCCCGGAAGUGAAACCCCCCACCCCCUCCCCCGGAGCGGGCGACGUGCCGGAAGGAAAUCACUCACCCUUACACCGCCCCCCUUCCCCCUCCCCCAGCGCUUUCCGUCCCUCGCGCCCCCUCCCCUCUCUUCUCUUCCUCCUCAGUCGGUAGGAGGGCGGGAGCCCUGCGUCACGCGGGCUGUCGUGUCCCCGCCCACAGCGGCGAUGUGGGCGGGGCCAGGGGCGGGUCAAGGGGCGGGAUUAAAGGACUGGAGGGAGGUGCUGCUGGAGGAGGAGGAGACGGAGGGAGGAGAGGUGCCGGAGUCGAAGCUGACGUUAGCGGAGAGCGUGCGUCAUGACGUCAUGGAAAAGAGCCUUAUAUACAAGCGUCUGGCCGCCAUCUCGGUCUUUCCAGGCUGCGAGUCGGUGUCUGGAAUGAUGAUAGGCAUGAAUGCAGUUUGGCUUUUGAUGGCUUCUGAUGAACAGUUACGUGCCAAAUGGAUGAGAGCUGCUACUGGGGUCCUACAGCAGAGGCUUUGCGCUGUAUUCAUGGGCAAACAGGCGCUAAGCAGAAUUAGCUGGAAGUUGAAGGGGUGGACUUGAGUUUUUGACAUAUCUGGAACUUUUUUGCUACCGGGUAUAUGAUUUUAUCUGUGGAUGGCUUGCUUGGGGUGCAGAUUUCGGGGAGGUUUUGUAUAAAGGUGUGAAGACAUGGGUUGUUACAAGACAUGGAAGAAGGAGUUUUAAGCAGAGGGCAUUUCACAGCAGCAGUCAAAUGCAACUUACCAGCUGAGAGAGGCAGCUGAAUGGAUGCUCCUGGGAUAGAAGAGCAAACAACUUUGAAUUCUAAUAAAUAAUUAUAAACCAUCUGAUGAAGCAUGCUUAUUUCAAUUUAAUGGAAUGAAGGAAGGAAAAAUAGGAUAUUUUCGUAAUUAAGAACCGAUGGCGUAUUUUCUGCAGAAGUUUUCGAAGGCUGAAUGAAAUCCCUGGGUCAGUUUGUCACCCUUGAAAACCCAAGUAUCGGGAGUUGUAACCUAAGGCUGGGAAGCAAAAGAUGAGCUUGAAUCAUCUUUGUACUGUGCAAGAAAGUUCUCAAAGAAUGAAAAUGUUGAAUAUAGGACUUCAGGGGUACUUAAUUUACAAAACUGGGACAUUAAAAUAAGUAUAGAGAAUUGCAGAGAAAAGUACAAGCUCUCCACAUCAACUAGUGCCGAAAUGGGAAAAUCUGUUUGCUGUACUAAGCACCAGGGCGAUGAUCGGUCUGGGAAAUAAUUGGUGGGUACCAAAAUUGGUGUAAAGAAAUGGACUGGUUUCAGUGAAAACCACCUUAACAUUUAGGAAAACUUUUUUACAAAAGAUUUUUGAAAAAAUUUUUCGUGAUGGGAAGUAGUUUUAUUUAUUGAUAGGGAGCCAGUGAGUUACUAGUUAACCCCUAAAUUUCUAGUAUUAGCUCUGGCAACAUUAAAAUGUAAACAGCUGCCAAUCAAACUAAUUUGGCAUUACAGAGUAGGCACGUUAAGUUUGAUUUUAAAACAUUUAUUAAACUCUCACUUGAAAUAGUAUUCUAAAAACUAGGUGAAAUCAGUUUUCUAAUUUUUUCCAGUUUAUUUCUGAUACUUACAUGUUUAGGAUUUACUUUUGUAAAGCAAGUUGCAAAUAUUAAGAUACUAGUCAUCCCUUGGUAUCUGGGGGGGGGGUUGGUUCCAUGACCCCCUGUGGAUACUAAAAUUUGUGGAUACUUAAGUUCCUUUGCAGUAGUAAAGAUGGCCGUCCAAGGGUUUUGGAACUUGGAUUUUGAAUAUAAUACCAAAUAAACACUGAUCUCCCAUGCCUAAUUGGGUAUAUUUUAUAGAAAGCUUUUCAUCAGCAUUUGUAGUAUAUGGUAUUCCCCAUCAAAAUCUUAAUGAAAUGUAGGCUAUUAAGAGUCAUUUCUUGAAUACUCUAUAAAACAUUGAUUAAUUAGCCUUGAGGUUUUUAGAGCAUAUAAUUCAUAAAGGGGUGAUGUGCUUAGACCUCAGCAAAACGGCACAGGCUUAGCAUGCAUGAGGUCUUGGGUUUAAUCCCCAGUACCUCCAUCUGAAAACAGUGUUUUAACAUUAAGAUUUGUUUACAAUAACUUGAACUUUCAGGUAAUUGGAAAGUAAGCAAAUGUAAAAGGUAUUUUGGGCCAAGUUAUUAGUAACAAUACAGCAUGUUAACCAAUUUUUGAGCCAAAUUCUUAAAAGCAUUAGAAUUUUAUAUGUCAAAUGCAUUUAUGUAAUGUAAGAAGUUGACCAAAAACCCUCAAUAUUCCCACUCUUAAGAUUUCAAAUGAUCUUUGUUGCUUGGAAAAUAUGCUUUGCUUUUUAUCUCAAAUUCACUUUAAUGUUUGACAAAUACCUAAGAAUCCAGCUGAAUUACUUGAUAAUAUUUAUGUGGUGCUACUUUUCUGGGUAGACAGUUCAUACAGCAGUGUUCAAUUAAUGCUAAAAAAAAAUCACUUGGUAAUUUUAAUCAGAAUGAUUAGUGGAUUUACACUUAAUAGGUAUACCUAGGAGAUACUGUGGUUUCAGUUGCAGACCACGAUAAACCCAACAUCACAAAGUGAGUCACAAAUUGCUUUCCCAGUGCAUAUAAAAGUAUACUAAGUGUGCAAUAGCACUGUACCUUUUUUAAAGUGUACAUUUUAAAUAGUAUAGUUGGUUUUAAUACUGUGUUAAACAUACUUUUAAAAUAUUUUAUUGCUAAAACCCCUAACCAUCAUCUGAGCCUUCAGUGAGUCAUAGUAACAUCAAAGGUCACAGAUCCCAGAUCACCAGGACAAAUACAGUAGAAAUAAAAAAGCUUCAAAUAUUUUAAGAAUUACCAAAAUGUGACACUGGGACAUGAAAUGAGAAAAUGCUAUUGGAAAAAUGGCGUGGUUAGAAUUGCUGGACUCAAGGUUGCCAAAAAACUUUCAAUUUGUUCAAGACAAGCCAUCUGUGAAGCACAGUAAAGCGAAGCCCAAUAAAGCCAAAGUGUGCCUGUGCUCGGUAACUUAGAGGCAUAAGGUCCAAUAAAGGGAACAAGCUGAUAGUUGCUCAGUGUGUAGUUCUCCCCAUGUGUACUACUAAGCCAAGAAUUUGAUAGGCAAUCCACGCAUCUGGAUUACAUGUUUCUAUGUAAGUGCUGUGAUUAACAACAAACAGGUACAAAAUGUCAAGCUUUUUUUUUUUUUAAAGGGCAGCUGAAUGAUUUGGGGGUUGGUUAGUACAAUACAGA